AUUGUGCCCCGCAGCUGCGAACCGCCCGCCUGCCCGCCAGCUGCCCGUUCGGCGCGUCAGUCCGCAAGAGUCGGGUGGUGGGUGGGGAGCUCGAGGCCGGCCCUGCGGCCUCCUCUUCCUCUCCGACCCCCUCACCCCGGACCCGCAGCCGCGGCCCCCAUCUCGGCUCCGUCAGCCUCCCGCCCCCCACACUCAGGACGAGAAUGCCCUGCCCGGAACAGCCCAGCAGCACCUAGAUGGCUUUGGUCACGGUCCAGCGGUCGCCUACCCCCAGCACCACCUCCAGCCCCUGCGCUUCGGAGGCCGACAGUGGGGAGGAGGAGUGCCGGUCACAGCCCAGAAGCAUCAGCGAGAGCUUUUUAACUGUCAAAGGUGCUGCCCUUUUUCUACCACGGGGAAAUGGCUCAUCUACACCAAGAAUCAGCCACAGACGCAACAAGCAUGCAGGCGAUCUCCAACAGCAUCUUCAAGCAAUGUUCAUAUUACUUCGUCCAGAAGACAACAUCAGACUGGCUGUAAGACUGGAAAGUACUUACCAGAAUCGAACACGGUAUAUGGUAGUGGUUUCAACUAAUGGUAGACAAGACACUGAAGAAAGCAUUGUCCUAGGAAUGGAUUUUUCUUCUAAUGACAGUAGCACUUGUACCAUGGGCUUAGUCCUGCCUCUCUGGAGUGACACCCUGAUUCAUUUGGAUGGUGAUGGUGGGUUCAGCGUAUCAACAGAUAACAGAGUUCACAUAUUCAAACCAGUAUCUGUGCAAGCAAUGUGGUCUGCAUUACAGAGUUUACACAAGGCUUGCGAAGUGGCCAGAAUGCAUAACUACUAUCCAGGCAGCCUGUUUCUCACCUGGGUGAGUUACUAUGAGAGCCAUAUCAACUCAGAUCAGUCCUCAGUCAAUGAAUGGAAUGCUAUGCAAGAUGUGCAGUCUCAUCGGCCAGACUCUCCAGCUCUCUUCACUGACAUACCAACUGAACGUGAGCGAACAGAAAGGCUUAUUAAAACCAAAUUAAGGGAGAUUAUGAUGCAAAAGGAUUUGGAGAACAUCACAUCCAAAGAGAUUCGGACAGAGUUGGAAAUGCAAAUGGUGUGCAACUUGCGGGAAUUCAAGGAAUUCAUAGAUAAUGAAAUGAUAGUGAUCCUUGGUCAGAUGGAUAGUCCUACACAGAUAUUUGAGCAUGUGUUCCUGGGCUCCGAAUGGAAUGCCUCCAACUUAGAGGACUUACAGAACCGAGGGGUACGGUAUAUCUUGAAUGUCACUCGAGAGAUAGACAACUUCUUCCCUGGAGUCUUUGAAUAUCAUAACAUCCGGGUAUAUGAUGAAGAGGCAACGGAUCUCCUGGCUUACUGGAAUGACACUUACAAAUUCAUCUCUAAAGCAAAGAAACAUGGAUCUAAAUGCCUUGUGCACUGCAAAAUGGGAGUGAGUCGCUCAGCCUCCACUGUGAUUGCCUAUGCAAUGAAGGAGUAUGGCUGGAACCUGGAUCGAGCCUAUGACUACGUGAAGGAAAGACGAACCGUGACCAAGCCCAAUCCCAGCUUCAUGAGACAACUGGAAGAGUACCAGGGGAUCUUGUUGGCAAGCAAACAGCGGCAUAACAAACUCUGGAGAUCCCAUUCAGAUAGUGACCUCUCAGACCACCACGAACCCAUCUGCAAAACUGGACUAGAACUCAACAAAAAGGAGAUUACCACUUCUGCAGACCAGAUUGCUGAGGUGAAGACCAUGGAAAAUCACUCACCCAUACCUCCUGUCUUUGUGGAACAUGUGGUUCCACAAGAUACAAAUCAGAAAGACCUGUGUACCAAAGAAAGAAUGAUCUGCUUGGAAUUUUCUUCUCGAGAAUUUCAUGCUGGACAGAUUGAAGAUGAAUUAAACUUAAAUGACAUCAAUGGAUGCUCAUCAGGGUGUUGUCUAGGUGAAUCAAAAUUCCCUCUUGAUAACUGCCAUGCAUCCAAAGCUUUAAUGCAACCUGGACAGGCCCCAGAAAUGGCCAACAAGUUCCCAGACUUAACAGUGGAAGAUUUGGAGACAGAUGCCUUGAAAGCAGACAUGAACGUCCACUUAUUGCCAAUGGAAGAGUUGACAUCUCGACUGAAAGACCUUCCUUUGUCACCUGAUCCUGAGUCACCAAGCCCCCAACCCAGUUGCCAGGCUGAAAUCACAGAUUUCAGUACAGAUCGCAUUGAUUUUUUCAGUGCCCUAGAGAAAUUUGUAGAGCUUUCUCAAGAAACCCGGUCUCAAUCUUUUUCCCACUCAAGGAUGGAAGAACUAGGUGGAGGAAGGAGUGAGAGCUGUCGACUGUCAGUAGUGGAAAUAGCCCCUUCCGAAAUGAUAGCUGAUGACCAGAGAAGCAGCUCUUUGAGUAACACUCCCCAUGGGUCUGAAGAAUCUUCAAUGGACGAGGAGCAGUCAAAGGCAGUCUCGGAACUGGUCAGCCCAGACAUCAUCAUGCAAUCUCAUUCAGAAAAUGCAAUUUCAGUCAAAGAAAUCAUCACUGAAAUUGAGUCUAUCAGUCAAGGAGUCGGGCAGAUUCAGUUGAAAGGAGACAUCCUCUCUAACCCAUGCCACACACCAAAGAAGAACACCAUCCAUGAGCUGCCUCUGGAGAGGGCACAGGCCCCCGAGAACAAACCCGGACAUUUGGAGCAUGAUGAACGUUUCUACAUAGUCCAGCCUGAACUAGCCAAAGACUCCGGGAAGUGCAAUCCAGAAGGCUGUUUGACCACAUAUUCAUCUACAGUAGACUUAGAAGAAGAGGAACUAGUUGAGGGAGAAUAUGACCAGGGCCCAGGGAUGCACCCUAGUGCCAAGUGGUGCCCUGGGUCUGUGAGGCGAGCCACCCUGGAGUUUGAAGAGCGCUUACGGCAGGAACAGGAGCACCAUGGUUCUGCCCCUGCAUGUACCGCGUUGUCCACUCGUAAGAACUCUAAGAAUGACUCUUCUGUGGCAGACCUAGUACCAAAAGGAAAAAGUGAUGAAACCACUCCAGAACAUUCAUUUCCCCUUAAAGAAGCAGAGAUGAACAAGAGCAAAGGAAAAUGCAGUGGGUUCGAAGCUGGCUCACACUCCCAUUGUGAACAGAAUGCCUCUGUUCUAGCCCCCGAGCUGCUGGAACAUCACCCUUUGCCAGCUCCUCAGGGCUGUGUUGGAUCAGAUACUAGAAUUAGUAAGCACCAAGGAGAUCUGAAAAAGCAGAAGACUGUGACUUCAUACCAGGCGUCCGAGACACAGGCCAUCCCUCUUCCCCUUCCCAAGAGGAUAGAAAUCAUUGAGUAUACACACACAAUUACAUCACUCGAUCACACUGGGCCAGGAAGUAAAAUAGCACCCAGCAAAAGUGAGGAACAAGUACUAAGGAAGGUGAAGAUGGAAAAGUCUAUCACUAUGUUUUGUGCACUGGAUGAAAAUCUGAACAGGACUCUGGACCCCCAAGUGCUACCUCUGCCUCACUCUUCCUCUGAGUAUGACAGGCCCACUGACCCAACUUCCAUGUUGAGAAGCCCAGAAGAUAAGGGCCCAUCAACAUCCCUGGAGACAGCAGCACCUUUAGAUAGUUGCACAACCCAUGUAGCAUCUCUUAACUUGGAUUGCCUGCCUCCCCAGGCCAUCUUUCACUUGGAAGGCUGCAUUGAGCAGAGUAGCACCACAAACAGUGAGCCCUCUACAAAGCAUAUUAGCUGGGAAGAAAGCCAGGAGGGCCUCCUUCCCAGUGGCAAUGAAAUGACACACACAGUCUCUCAGUUAAGUAAUGAAGACCUAGGUUUAAUUAGCAGACUUGGUGGCAACGUUGGGGUGUAUCAGAAAAAAACAGACCCAUCCCCUGAAGUCUUUCAAAUCCCACAUAGCUCUAGUAGUGAAAAUAUCAGGGGUCUCAGCCACAGCUCUGGUGUGGUAAAGGAACGUACUAAAGAGAUUGAGUCUCGAGUGAUCUUCCAGGUGGGGGUCACCAAACCAUCACAAAUGAGGCGCUCAGCAUCUCUCGCCAAAUUAGGUUACCUGGACCUCUGUAAAGACUGUUUACCUGAGAGGGAGCUUGUCACCUUGGAAUCACCUCAUCUCAAAUUGCUUCAGCCCUUCAUCAGAACAGACUCGGGCAUGCAUACCUUGAUGGCCCAGGAGCCCUCAGGAAUCUUUGGUGUCCCCCAGAACCCAGAGCCCACCAAGUAUUUUGUGGAGCAACUUAAAACAACAGAGUGUAUCGUGCAAAGCAAACCAGUGGAGAGGCCUCUUGUGCAGUAUGCCAAAGAAUUUGGUUAUAGUCAGCAGUGUUUGCUCCCCAGGGCAGGGCUAGAAUUGACUAGUUCUGAAGGAGGCCUCCCUUUGCUACAGACACCAGGACUACAGUGUGCAGGCCCAGCUCCAGGACUGGCCGUGGCACCCCGUCAGCAGCAUGGCAGAACUCACCCCCUUAGGAGACUGAAAAGAGCAAGUGAUAAAAAGCGGACAUCCAAUCCCUUCUAUAACACCAUGUGACUCUGAGCCUGUAUGUGUGAUUUCUAAGAGAAAAUAUAAAAGGGGCAGGUGUAAUAUGUAAGGAACAUGCACUUUAUUGGUUAAUUUUAUAUUUUGGUCAUUUUACUGUUCCUGGCGCAUGCAGGGUUUGAGUUCUGUGUGUGUGUGUGUGUGUGUGUGUGUGUGUGUGUGUGUGUG